CCGAACCGUGCGGUACGAUGUUCCUCGAGACUCCUCGGCUCCGGGAUUUCGGGAAUACGCAGAACCGCCCUCCCGACCGAUAAGGGGUGUCAAGGUGUCCCGGAAGCGGGAGACCCCCGCUAGGAUGUCGGGAGUGAACCAGGCCUGGGUCCUGGCAACGGGUUCCCACGGGACGCGGGGAACGUGAUCCGUCUCGUGGAGUCCCGGAGGACGCGGGACGCCGGAUCCCGAGGGAGGCCGGGAUAGGAUACGGGAGAGCGACCGGGACGCGCGGCCAUCCCGAGGGAACCUGGACCUCUUCUGGGGGGAGGGGUCCUUCCGGGAUCCCGGAUCGCUCCCACGGGAUAGGCCGGGGGAUCCUACGGGCGACCUGGCUUCUUUAAAGGGCUACAUAUUUAAAGGGCGAAACGGGAACGAGGACUGGGCGGCGUUGGCGAGCUCUCUUUCUCUCUCGCUCCCGCUUGCAGCGGCCUCCGAUGCGCGCUAGUGACGGUCUCGAGCGGCUCGCGAGCGCGAACAAGGGAGCUCUGGGUAUAACAGUGACGGGGAUUACCGAGGGAUGUUCCCUGGAGUGCAGUGAAGUGUGAACAUUCGACCUGGCCGAUGAGCUGGGAGGGAUUCGAAUUUCUACCGACGGACCGCCGAGAGUAUUUGUAAAUAGAGGCGGCGUUUCGCAACGAGGAGAGACCCCUCUCCUCGGGAGGCGGGAGCGGCCGGCUGGGGCCUCCAGAUACCGCCGGGUAUCCUCCCCCGCCAUCCCCCGGGAGCUCCGCGGGACGUACGCUUCGCCGCACGCCGAGACCGAGGUGGAACCGAUGCUGCGCACCACGUGGAGGAGUUGACCAGCAACGGGGAUUUUCGCCAGGUCCGAAGCUGAGGUGGAAAGCACAAAGACCAUGUCUUCAAGGAGUCACUAUCGAGGCACAACCUGGGGGAUAGUCGUGCUCCUCCUGGGAUUGACGGUAUCUCAGGUGGGAGCCGUGCCGGCGAGAUCUAGAGCGUCGCUGGAGUCCUCUUCGGGGUCUUCUUCGGGAUCCUCUUCGGGCUCCUCUUCAAGGUCCUCCUCGGGUUCUAAAUCUCCAGACCAGGACGUGGGUUCCCCCAGCGAACUUGCCUGGCAAGCCUGGCUCCUCGUGGACGCCCAAUCCGGUGCCCACUCCAGCCUGGAUUCCGCAUCUCUGCUCCGAAGAAUAACCCCGAAGAGCGUCUUCAUAGCCCCGGCGCUUCCGGCGUGCGCGGAAGGCUACCGCGCAGACGCCAUGGGCCGGUGCGUGAAGAUCGUCAACAUCAACAAGGAAGCUCACCUGGACUUCCUGCUGCAGAGGUUGAACGCGAUGUACGCAAACCGGGACGUGGGGUCCUCCUCAGGGGAGAGGAAACCGGUCGCAGGUCCUUCAGGGCCUCUUCAGCUAAACAUCCCCUUGGUGGGGAACGUCGAUCCCCAGGGUGGCAAGGUGGAGGCCAACCAGGAGGCAGAGGACUCCAUGGAAGUUCCCGUGGUGGUCCCUGCGAAUGAGUCCCACGACAAGAACAGAAAGGACACGGUCGGGGUGUACAAAAUCGGAAACGGUACCAGGGGUUACCCUGAAGAGCCGUUUUUUCCAGGGAACGGGUCCAAGGUCGACGCGGAAUUCGCAGCCUCCGAUCAGCUGGUCCCGGUCGUCGAGUUCGACGAGGGGAACAUGACGUUCACCGACGUCGUCGAUUACAAGGUCGCGGAAGUCCCGAAGGAAGUAUCCGAAGAGGUCGGAGAGAAGCUGAAGAAGGCGGCGCCGGAAGUUAGUCGAGAUGUCCCCUCUUCGGAUUUACUUAGCACCGCGUUUCAGAUGUCUUCUUCCACGAGGACGCCUUCUUCGAGUUCCACGGUCUACGAGGAAGAUCUUGAAGCCGUUGGGAACAGCUCUUCAGGGCAUAUCCUGGUGAAGGUGGAGAACGUAUCCGAGAGUCAUAGGAAGGAAGUGACCGAGGUCACUGUGCCGUAUUUCGAGAUUCUGCCCGCGACCUUUGGAGCAGAUGUCGAGGAGGACCCUGAAGACCUGGACAGGAUGAAGACGGACAGAGUUCCCUUAGAGGAGGCCGAUGACCUGGAUUAUGUGGAGUCUACGGGUCACCCGGAAGAGGACUCCACGGAAGUUGAAGACGAGAUCCUGAAGCACGGGGAAGCUGGCAUGACCAUCCCCGAGAGUGGCGUGGAUCUUCAUCUUGAGAAGUGGAAGCACGUCGCGGAAGACCCGACCUUGAAGACACCGGGAAAUGGUCCGGCCAGGAACUCUACAUUAACGGAGCACACCUAUGUAGACCUUGAAGAGGACCUCGAAACCGGAAGCACGAUCUCCAGCGAGGUGAGUGUCCGGAAGGACUUCGUCCUGGAAACGACGUUGCUGAAUAUGAGGACGAGACCGACUCCUUCCUCAUCUACCAAGGGACUAGGAAGCGACCCUGGAGAGACGAGGUACACCGAGAGGGUUCCCGAUGACGUGGACGCGGACCUGGAGGCCAUCUUCCCGGAGCGUCUCGAAGGGUCGAAGGAGACAAGACCACAUCCCGAAGAUGCUGAAGUGGUCUCCUCGGCCCAGAUCCCCAGCUCUUCAAGGCGACCCUUGACCUCGACGCCCCUUCAGGGUCUCCGUCGACCUGGGAGUCAGGACGAGUCGUUAAUCGACGUGCAGGCGUCCUUCAACCGGGAAACCGUGGCUCUGCCUCAGUUCAAGGACCCUCCCUUCAGGUCGGAGUACCUCGACCCUGAGGAGCAGUUUACCUCCUCCUUUCAGAGGCCCUCCCGACCUGGAUUCAGACCCUCCAGCUUCGACUACAAGCCUAGCCAGGAUUUCGUCAGGUUCCCAGGGUACGAGCGGUUCUCCUCGUCCUCGGGAUUCGUAAGAUUCCCCGGGGACGAGGCGAACAGCAUCCACGCCCAGGAUUUCAAGGACAGGGGGCCCUACCCUGAAGAGGGCCCCCACUCUUCGACGAACACGAAGAGCAGCGUCUCGCCGCAUCAGAAACAGCCACCCUGGUGGAUUCCUCCAGGUUGGAGGACCGAUCGUCAGCAGGAUCUUCAGCAACCCAGCCUGAGUCCUGUCGGUCAGUCCGGGCAGAGGAGCAGACAGACUCCUGCGCCGAUGCUCCUCAGGUUCUGGACCAGGAUGCCUCUCGUCAGGGACCCUAGCUUAUAUCCUUCGGGUUCCCCGAGCCUUCCUCAGGGAUAUCCUCAGGGGGUGGCGGCGCCUCGGCUGGAGCACAGGUUUUCUAAUUCCCAACAGAGGAGUUCUCUUUUUAGGGAAUUGUCCUCUCAGGACGCCAACAGGGUCUUUGCGCCGAAAUUGAGGUCUACCGUUGGUUAAAGACUCGAUGAGACCGUCAUAUUCUUCGGCUUCUUCCUGAGGAACCCGACAAGGACUAUUCUUGGGUGGAACCUUGUUCUUGUCGUUUCUCGACGACGGAACGUCCAAGGCGCGCCGCCGCCAUCUUGGAAUACAGAGGACGCUCUUUUUGAGAACGGAGGAGUCGCUUGAGACUUUAAGGCUCUUUUCUGAGAACGGAGGAGACCUUAUUCGUGAUGCCAAAUCCUGGCCAAAAUCGAACUCGAAGUGAACGGACCAAGAGGAAUCUUCCAAAGCAAGGUGUACCUCAACUGGAGUUAUAAAAUGGCGCGCCGCCAUCUUGGAGAACGGAGGACUCUCAGUUUGAGAACGAAAGACACUUUACGGAGAUCAGAGAUUUCUUCUCGUAGAGGUCAGCGGAAUCGAUGCCAAAUUAUGGCCAAAACCGAACUCAAGGUCAACAGGCCAAAAGGGAUCUUCCCAAGCAAGGUGUACUCAACGUGAGUUAGGAAACGGCGCGCCGCCAUCUUGGAGAACAGAGGACUCUGUUUCUGAGAGCGAAGGGCACUUUAUUAGAGAUCCAGAGGUCUUUCUCUUGGAGGGAACGGUGGGCCGCAUUGUUACUAUUCAAAGAAAUAUUUCUUCGGUCCUCAAUGAACAUUUUUCUUUUUUUUCAAUGUGAUGUUAAGCGAUUCGGGGCACCAUUUUCGGGUCCGGCUUCGGAGAAAUCCUCGGAUUUUCCUCUCUCUCGAGCGGCCGGUAAACAAUUUCUCUCAGGUACGAGGAAGGGGGGCCAAGAAUUGUUUUCCCUGGACAUUUAACAGCGCGCGAAACCGCGCUCCUAAAACGUUAUCGCAACGUUUAUUUUGCAAACAGUCUCCGGCCAGCGGAUCGGCCGCGAAAAUUGCAAACACCGUUGUAACUCGCGCGAAUUCUUCGGCUCGAAAUGCCGAGGCGAAACGUCGAGGUGGAAAAAUCCCUGGACGUAGGAUUAAACGAAACCCAUAAGCCUAACAAUUCCGAGAGAAAAUCUGCCUGGAUCUCUUUCAAUCCUCCUAUCUUCGUAGUCGUGUCGAUGUUAUAUAUCCGCACAUCUUGCGGAUCCGUGGAAAGGAUAUAUAAUUGGGAAGAAAGACGCGGGGAAUGAUGUGGAGGACGUUCUCCAAGAUGGCGGCCAACGCCGCGUCCUCUUCAUUCCGAGACACUUUUUUGUACCCCCGAGGCCGUAUCCCCCGCCAUUCGUGGACAGACUGAUCGCGAGGUUAAUUAGUGUCGUUAACGGUCGCGUAAUUGUAAAUGUAACGCCGUAAUACACCAUAGGAUCCGCCUCUCCGAUUUAGCCGUAAACUGUACCAUAGAUUUCGAUAUAUGGACCCUGUAAAGCCAUGAUAGCGAAAAAAAAAAGAAGAAAAAAAAAAGAGCGAGAGCUACCAGAGGGGCUAUUUCCAUCUUUUCUGUUUUUUUUUUCCUUCGUGCCGUUAGGACGUCGUUUUGUGCUGCGCAGUUGUUUUAUGUAGAAAGUGAGAAAAAAGGGAUAGACAAAAAAAAAAAUAACGAGAGCCCAUUUGUCAUCUGUUUUUUAGGCAUUUAUGAAUAUGGAAUAUUUGGUCUACAAAUUCUAUGUACUGGGGAAUAACAAAAUAGCCCCUUUGUUUAAUUUCUCAGUUUUGCCGGCUUCAUGGUUGCAUCACAGAGCAGAGUCCAUAUAUACCACUUCCCUGCAUUUAAUUCCGACAAUUCGACUCCGGAAAUGGAAUAACUCGGGAUCGAUCAGUGAGGAUUGAUCGAUCGUCGGAGUUAACGAAGCCCCGGAAAUGAACGGCAUCGAAAUCGCAAUUGCAGUUCGAAUUGCCGAAGUCCUUUCGAUUAUGGUCUGCAAUUGGACAUGGCGUAAUCACGAUACUAAUUAAUAAUUAAUCCGAAGGCGCGAACGAUGCCGAUUCGUUUCCGGUUGGAAUUGAUCGCGAGGUCAAUAGAAUCCGAGAAAUCUCUUAAACGAGCUGAUUAAAUGGAGAAAAAUGUUCAUUUCUCUUUGGAGGAAAAUUGAAGGAAAGAAAAAGCAAAAAAAAAAAGGCAGAAAUAUACAGGAAUAUUAAUUUCUCUUUGGAGAAGGGAUUAAUUAAGAGCUUGGAUAAAUGAUUAAUUUUUUUUUUUCCUCCAAGGGGAAACGGGGUUUCUCUUUAGUGGGAGAAAUUUAUUCCAUUUAAUGAGCUCUCCGAUGUCAGGAUUCUUUUGGCCAGGCGCUUUCGCAGUUUCGAUACUUUUUUACGUGACUUCCCCACGUAUCGGUACAUAAGAGAGUAAAUUAUUAACUUAACGAUAUUUGAUACAGCGGCCGGUAACUGUCUAUUGUAUGUCUCGUAUUAAAUGUCUACACCGUGUAUAACGUAUAUACAUAUGAAUAUAGUAUACAUAUCCCGUUCGUGUACAUAAUGACUUUAUCGGAGGAUUGUAUAUAGGACGCAUUGAGCGAGAUAUGACGUUAACACUCACCGUAACGACGAUCUGUAUUAAUUGUAACUGUAUUAAAUCCUAUGUAUUAUUUAUAGCUGAACAUGUCGAUGUAUAUUGCGUAUGUUUGUGUUUCGCAUGAUCGCUCGAUCGGUCGUGAUUCGACGAAAUUACGUGAAGAUAUAUAUAUAUAACGAUAUUGAUAGACGAA